AUGCCGAUCAACCGUACCCCGCCGCCCGCUUCGCCUGUGCCUGUGCGCUCUGAUGAUACAUCGCAAUCGCAGACAUCGCGGACGCGCACACUCGACGCGAUAGAACGGACGACAAAACUUCACAGUGAAUCGGCGCCUGAUAUUCCAUCGCUUACGUUAAAUGUUACUGAGCGUAAAAAAAAGAAACAUGACGGAGUGAAUCCUAACAUUAUGUCUUAUAUGAGUGAAAUGUUUUCAGUUUAUACGAAUGAACAAGCAAAGCAUUUCAAAGAUUUACAAACUAUAGUUUCUAGUAUAAAAGAACAGAACGAUGAAUUAAAAAAGAGCGUCGAUACUAUGUCAAGCAAGUAUGAUGAGUUUCUAUCACGGAUAUCCGUUCUAGAGGCAGAGAAAAGGCAGGAUAGAUAUAUUAUACAACAACUACAGGAGAAAAUAGAAAAUAUGGAAAGGAAGUCCAGAUUUUCGGGAAUAGAAAUAAGAAACAUACCUAAAAACAAUGAAGAAUCAAAAGAAAAUCUAUGUAGCACUGUUAAAAAAUUAAGGGAGUGUUUGAAUGUAAAUUUGCAGGAUUCGGACAUAAAAGACGUGUAUAGAACUAAUUUUAAGACGGGGACUAGACCGAUAAUAGUGGAAUUUAAUUCAGUCAUUAUUAAAGAAAAGAUGUUACAUGAAGUACAAAAAAUUAAUAAAACAAAACCAAAAAAUGAGAAAUUAAAUACUUCGCAUCUAAAUUACUCACAAAAAAACAUCCCUAUAUAUGUCACGGAGACGUUAACACAAAAUACUCAAUGUAUAUACAGAAAUUUUCUAUCAGGCCAGAAUUUUUCAUAA